AGCAACCGCCUGAAGCGACUAUCGCUAGUGGCGAGACCGACUUCCCUCGACCUGGACCGGGAGCCAGGCUCGGCGAGGAGCGCGAGGUCGCCGGCGCCCUCGACGCCUGAUGGGGGGUUGAGGAGGCCUAGGAGCGCUAUCAUUGGGCGGUCGAAUAUCGCAUACUCGCCUGCUGUGUCGCGCAGUAUCUCGAGGGUCGGCACAUCGCAGAGCGAGAUAGGAGGGAGAGAUAGCUGGGAGGGCCGAGGGGGGAAUGUCGGGCGGGGUAGCGAAGAGAGUGGGCAUAGAGGUUUUGAAGAGGGUGAUACGGUGGACGAUCCGCAGACCUUCAUGGACAGACAUGCCGACCUCCUCCGUCAAAUAGCAGAAAAAGAGCGCAAGGUCAACGAGCUCAAGCAAGAUCUGCAUCAACAAGAAACAUCCCUCCACCAACUCAAAUCCCGCUGGAUCACCCUCGUAUCCCGCGCCGCCCGGUCCCCCUCUUCCGAGCAGACCCCCGAACUCACAUCCACCUCAAACUCCCUCUCUUCAUCCUCCACAUCCUCCUCCCUCUUCCCCAUCGAGGAAUCCGCCCUCACCACUCACACCCGCACGUCAGAGCAGAGUGUAGGCAUAGAGAAGGCGUUGUCGGGGAUGAUCAAUCAGGAGGCGGAAGAGUACCUGAGUCCGGAGGUGUUGGAGGGGGGAAAGAAGUUUUUGGGAAACUUGUGGAGGACGGUGGGGGCUGCUGCGAAUGGGAAGACGCCUGAGGGAGAGGAGGAUAUGAGACUGGGGGAGUCUACGCGUGAGGAGGGGGGAGAGGUGGAGAAGAAGAGGAAAGAGGGGGGGUGGGCGCCGUUUGGGUCGAGCUUUGAUUUGUGA